AUGGCGCUGCGGAGGGGCGGUGGGGGGCCGGGGUUGCUGCUGCUGCUGCUGGGCACCGCGUGUCUGACACCGCCGAGCGCGCAGGUGAGGCGGCUGGUGCGCUGCCCCGCCACUUGCAGCUGUACCAAGGAGUCCAUCAUCUGCGUGGGCUCCUCCUGGGUGCCCAGGAUCGUGCCGGGCGACAUCAGCUCCCUGAGCCUGGUAAAUGGAACGUUCUCAGAAAUCAAGGACCGGAUGUUUUCCCAUCUGCCGUCCCUGCAGUUGCUAUUGCUGAAUUCUAACUCAUUCACAGUCAUCCGGGAUGAUGCUUUUGCUGGACUCUUUCAUCUCGAGUACCUGUUCAUUGAAGGGAACAAAAUAGAAACAAUUUCAAGAAACGCCUUCCGUGGCCUCCGUGACCUGACUCAUCUUUCUUUGGCCAACAACCACAUAAAAGCACUCCCAAGGGAUGUCUUCAGUGAUUUAGACUCUUUGAUUGAACUAGAUUUGAGGGGCAAUAAGUUUGAAUGUGACUGCAAAGCCAAGUGGUUGUAUCUGUGGUUGAAGAUGACGAAUUCCACUGUUUCUGAUGUCCUAUGUAUCGGUCCGCCGGAAUAUCAGGAAAAGAAGCUGAAUGACGUGACCAGCUUUGACUAUGAAUGCACAACUACAGAUUUUGUUGUUCAUCAGACUCUGCCCUACCAGUCAGUUUCAGUGGACACGUUCAACUCCAAGAAUGACGUGUAUGUGGCCAUCGCUCAGCCUAGCAUGGAGAACUGCAUGGUGCUGGAAUGGGACCACAUCGAAAUGAAUUUCCGGAGCUAUGACAACAUUACAGGUCAGUCCAUCGUGGGCUGCAAGGCCAUCCUCAUUGAAGAUCAGGUCUUUGUGGUGGUGGCUCAGCUCUUUGGCGGCUCUCACAUUUACAGAUACGACGAGAGCUGGACCAAGUUUGUCAAAUUCCAAGACAUUGAAGUCUCUCGCAUUUCCAAGCCCAACGACAUUGAGCUGUUUCAGAUCGAGGAUGAGACGUUCUUCGUCAUCGCCGACAGCUCCAAAGCCGGUCUGUCAACCGUGUAUAAAUGGAACAGCAAAGGAUUCUACUCGUAUCAGUCCCUGCACGAGUGGUUCAGGGACACGGACGCGGAGUUCGUGGAUAUAGACGGAAAAUCACACCUGAUCCUGUCCAGCCGCUCCCAGGUCCCCAUCAUCCUCCAGUGGAAUAAGAGCUCAAAGAAGUUUGUUCCCCACAGUGACAUCCCCAACAUGGAGGACGUGCUGGCUGUGAAGAGCUUCCGCGUGCAGAACGGCCUCUACCUGUCCCUCACCCGUUUCAUCGGGGACUCCAGGGUCAUGAGGUGGAACAGCAAGCAGUUUGUGGAGAUCCAGGCUCUCCCGUCCCGGGGGGCCAUGACCCUGCAGCCCUUCUCUUUUAAAGAGAAUCACUACCUGGCCCUGGGGAGCGACUACACGUUCUCCCAGAUAUACCAGUGGGAUAAAGAGAAGCAGCUCUUCAAAAAAUUUAAGGAGAUUUAUGUGCAGGCGCCUCGUUCCUUCACAGCCGUCUCCACUGACAGGAGAGAUUUCUUUUUCGCAUCCAGUUUCAAAGGGAAAACGAAGAUUUUUGAACACAUAGUUGUCGACUUAAGUUUGUGA